CCAAACAGACCCUGACGAUCGCUUUAAGAUUCGCGCAAGCACGAUCACCGCCCGUCAAGAGGCGAUUCCUUAACUGACGCUGCGACUCCGAUCACCCAUCACCGCUGCCCUCUCUCCUCUGCCUACGCCGGCGCCGACGCCGGGGCUAGACCGUCGGGGAGUCAUGUCGCGGUCUUUGAGCAUGAGAGGUAGCAUGAGGUCGCGCCGCGACCUACCUCCUCCCGGGAAGACAAUUGAAAGGCUUGAGAGUAUGGUUGAUGGAGGAAAUUUCUAUGAAGCUCAACAAAUGUACAAGUCAACCAGCGCAAGGUAUAUUGCUGUCCAUAAGUAUUCAGAAGCCUUGGACAUCCUUCAAUCAGGCGCUUUGGUACAAUUGAAGCAUGGACAGGUUACCUGUGGUGGUGAACUUGCUGUCCUCUUUGUUGACAUCCUCAUCACAGGAGAGUUUCCAUAUAGUGAACAAUUUUUUGAUCGUAUCAGAAAGAUAUAUGAGGCAUUCCCAAGGAUAACCGUUCCACAUUUCCUUGGAGAGGACUAUGAUGAUGAGGGACAUAAAUUGUCUGAAGCUAUUUCUGCUGCCAAAGUGCGCGCAGAGAGUUGUUCAUCAUUCCUGAAAGCUGCCAUCAGGUGGUCUGCUGAGUUUGGAACAUCAAGAAAUGGUUCUCCUGAACUGCACGUUAUGUUAGCAGAAUACAUAUAUUCAGAAUCUCCAGAGACGGACAUGACUAAAGUUUCAAGUCAUUUUGUUCGUGGAAAUGAUCCAAAAAAGUUUGCUUCUAUGCUGGUGAACUUUAUGAGCAAGUGUUACCCUGGUGAAGAUGAUACUGCAAUUGCACGUGGGGUCCUAAUGUAUCUAUCUCAAGGGAACCUGAGAGAUGCAAAUUUACUUAUGGAUGAGAUGAAGGAACAACUAAAAUCUGUUAACUCGGAUUUUCCGAAAACAGAUUUGAUUCAGUUCAUCAUGUAUCUUUUACCAACUUAUGAUCAAAGGCAAAUUCUGCUUUUAUUUUGAUGUGUACAAGGCUGUAAAGGAAGUUAAUAGGCCAAUUGGACAGGUGCAGCUUCUCUUUCUUUUCUUUUAGUAUUAGAAUAGUUUCCCUUCUGUCUUGUCAACUUCAUGGUGAGCUUUGGUUAAUGUUUUUUUUUGGGUUUAGAUCAAACCUUUAGGUUUGUUUAAUGAUCUGCUACCGCAUCAUGCUUUGCUUUCUCAAACAUAUAAUAGUAUCACAGGGGUUAUAUUUGAACGGCGGUAUCUUUUUCUCUCUCGAACGCGCAGGAGAACCGUGCCCCAUUAUAUAUUUAAGCAGAAAAAGAGGGUGGUCUUAAAAUACCAAUACAAGAGGCCUCCUUACGGAGGCCAGUAGCAAGUAUACAUAAAUGAAUCCAUAAAAAACGGCAACAAUCAAAGGAAACCAAAAGGCCCUUCUUGAUUCUCAGCUAAUGGUGCUGCCAAGUGGGAAAGACCCUUGGCACCAGCAAUCUCCCAUUUUUUCCUUUCCUCAUCCACAACUCUAAGACUCAUGAUAACACUAGGGCUGCAGCCAUCAAAGACGCAUUUGUUUCUAUGUUUCCACAAGAUCCAGGCUCCCAGGAUGAUAAGGGAAUCAAGUCCUUUUUUGGUGAGUCCAUUAACAAUAUCCCCACCGCUUCCCACCAGUCUAGAUAUGAACCAACAUCCGGUUGAGGAGCCAAAGAAUGCAGACCAAAUUUCCAUAGCAGCAAAUACCAGAAUUCACUGGAGAAAGAACAGGUAACAAGGAGGUGAUCAAUAGUUUCAUCCUCUUGAUCACAAAGGGGGCACUUCUCAGGAUGAUUUAGCCCUCUUUUAGCAAGCCUAUCUGCUGUCCAGACUCUUGUGAUGAGGGAAAGCCACACACCCUACAAAGAAACGACAUUUUGGCAAGGCCCAAGUUUUCCAAAUUCUCUUGUGAUGAGGGAAAGCCACACACCCUACAAAGAACCAUUCGUAAGCAGACUUUGUUGAAUAGGUGCUAGUAGGAGCAUUCAUAAGCAGACUUAUCCUUCCAAAACUUUGUAUUUGUGCCAUCUCCCACCUCAGCAAGGACCACCUCUGUAAAGAAAGCUCUAGCUUUUCCAGGAACUUUUAUGGGGAGAUUAGACCAUGGGCGUAUGGGAUCUGUCUUUUGCAACCAGAGCCAUCUUAUUCCAAGGGCCCCAACAUAGUUCUAGAAAACUAGAUAUGCCAAGGCCACCAAGCUGCAGUGGACGACAAACUCUUCCCCAGGCCACAAGGCAGUGACCUCCUCUUGCUUUCUUCCGGACCCUCCAAAGAAAACCCAUGCGUAUUUUAUCAAUAGCAUCUAGACCCCAUUUUGGAAUAGCAACUACCAUGGCAAGGUACACCAUCAUACUUGUGAGAACAUGCUGAACCUGCGCUCUCCUCCCAGCUCUAGUCAUUAGAUCUGCCUUCCAAUUGGGGAGCUGAUCAGCAAUCUUCUCAACAAUUGGUUGGAACUGCUGUUUGGACAACUUAUGCAAGGAUAAAGGCAGCCCCAAAUAUAUGCAAGGGAAAUCAGAAAGACCACCUGGAAGCAUGUUCUGUGCAUCUGCCAAUUCUUGUUCAGAACAUCUUAUAGGAUAGACAUUUAACUUCUGUGCAUUAUUGUGCAAUCCAGAUGCAUCCUCGAACAGUUUUAAAUUAUCAAGAGAAAGGGCCGUAUCAGCUGGAGAUGGAUGCAAUAAGAGAGCAACAUCGUCUGCAUACAUGGAGACCCUGUGAAGUUUCCUCCUGCAUGAAAGUUGUUGCAGCAGCCCCUCUUCUUCAGCCUUUGAAAACAAGGAACCAAGGACAUCCAUUACUAAAAUAAACAACAUGGGUGAAAGAGGAUCUCCCUGACAAAGUCCUCUCUUAUGUAGAAUAUGACAUCCUGGAAAGCCAUUUUUUUCUCGAGUGCGCAGGAGGAUUGCACCAUUUUAUAACUUAAGAAGAGAGGGUACAUGGUCAUUAGAAGACCAGAAAAUACAAAAGAAAAUUACAAAAGAAAAUAAACACAAAAACUAAGAACUCCUUACGGAGGCAAAACAAGCAUACAUAAACUGGUCCGUAGGAACACAACCAUCAACCAGGCGAGACAAAGAUGCCUCCAACCCUCAAAUAGCAGGGAGAGGGGCUGCCAGGUAAGAUAAUCCUUUGGCACCAGCAGCCAUCCACCUACUCUCGUCUUCAAACUGCUUGAGGAUUAAAGACAAGCAAGGAGACCCAUUUUCAAAAAUGCAUCUAUCGCGAUGAAGCCAGAUCAACCAAGCUCCCAAGAUGAUAAGGGAAUUGAGACCCUUUUUGGAGAGCCCAGUAGCUAUUUCUGAGGCAUUUUCCCACCAAUCUAAAAAGGAGGUAACAGCUGGCUGAGGAGCUAAGGAAUGCAUACCGAACUUUCUAAGCGCCUUAUACCAGAAAACCCUGGCAAAGACGCAUGGGACUAGCAGAUGGUUUGUAGAUUCAGCAUCUUGGUCACAUAAGGGGCAAUUGUUCGGACGAUUUAAUCCUCUCUUGGCGAGUCUAUCUGCUGUCCAACAUCUGUUUUGAGCAACAAGCCAAAUGAAAAAUCGACAUUUUGGUGGCGCCCAAGUUUUCCACACUCGCUUAUAGUGCCCAAAAAUCGGCAUUCUGGAAAGCCAUUCAACAGAACCUGAGUAGAGGAGGUGGCUAACAGACCACUAAUGAGAUUUCUGCUGCAUUACUUCAAUCAAGAAGGGCCAGGAUACAAAAUCAAAAGCUUUGGUAAUGUCAAGUUUUAGCAACAGACAUGCCUUGUUCUGUUGAUAAAGAAGUCUUGUGGUUUGUUGAACAAGCAUAAAGUUGUCUUGGAUGAACCUUCCUUUUAUAAAAGCACUCUGAUUAGGUGAUAUCAUCCCAUGAAGCCUCUUGGACAGUCUAGAUGCUAGGAUUUUGGUGACUAAUUUACCAAAACUGUGGAACAAGCUAAUGGGCCUGAAAUCUUUAACAUUUUCAGCCCCAUCCAUUUUAGGAAUCAAAGUGAUAUAGGCUGAGUUUAGACGACCAAAAUUGUCAAACUUUCUUCCAAGUGAAAUGGCAGCCAUGACAUCAGGUUUGAUUAUGUCCCAGCAUGCCUUGUAGAACUUCCAAGUGAAGCCGUCAGGCCUAGGUGCCUUAUCUGAAGGAAGUUGUUUGAUGACCUCCCAAACUUCCUGCUCAGAGAAAGGGGCUUCCAACUCAGACAGAUCAUAAGAAGGCAUUCCCAAAGUCUCCAGAUUAAUAGUUCUCACCCUGUUAUCGCUGGUACCCAAGAGAUUGGUGUAGAAAAGA